GCGAGGAUGGCGUAUGACAAGCUGGUGUUGCGACAGCCCCGAUUCGGCAUUAACCCCGACGGGCCGUCCACGGAGAGCAUCGCGGUGACGCGGGUGGUGCGGCACACCUGGCAGGAGGACGCGACGAAGGCGAUUCUGCGCGGGUGCAAGGCGCACGGCGUAACCGUCACCCAGGUGUGCUCCGCGGCGCUGAUUAUGACCGCCAUCAGGUUCGGCCCGAAGGCAGCCCCCGAGGCGGAGGGCGACGAGAACCUCUUCUUCAAGAUCCACCUCCCCAUCGACCUCCUGUCGCGCGCGCCCAAGGCCGCCGACGGACCGCGCGAGGCGGCCGUGCGCGUGGGGCACUAUCCGACGUUCCUGAGCGUGCCGCGCGCGGCGGUGGACGAGGGCGAAGACGCCCUGUACGCGCUCGCACGGCAGGUGAAGGAGCGCCAUGUCGACUUUGUUGACUCGCCGUGGUUCUGGCACUUCAUCCGGCACUACCUCGCGGACUCGCAGGCGACUCUGGACGCGGCGCUUGACGCGGCGGCGAAGCCGGAGGCGGCGAACGCGCCGGUCGCCGCGUUCUUGCCGUUGCUGAGCAGUCUUGGCGACUGGAGCAAGAAGCUCCCCGCGGUGUAUGCCGUGAAGGCGAAGGAUGAGGCACUCGGCGAAACGGUGGGCGAACUGCGCGUCGCGGACGUGAGUCUGCACUUGAAGGUCAUCCCGGACACACCGUGCCUGCACCUGUGGACGUAUGGCGGGAAGAUGAAUUUCCAGCUGACCCACAAUAUCAUGCACACCUCGGCGGCGCUUAUGGACCCCUUCUUCGAGUCGUUCAUCAAGACUGUCUCCGAUAUUGGGCGGGCUUGAUGAGACGCAGAGACUACGCCUUGGCAUGCACAUAUAGAUCGAGUCUUUGUUGUAAUAGAGUUUAGUGUGUUUCGGGAUCAUAUAGAUGAGCAUCUCUUACCUAUUGA